ACUCAAUAUACAAACAAUGGGAAAUUGUAUAGUUCUUCAAGAAAAAGUUGUAAAGGUGAUGAAAACAGAUGGGAAAAUUCUUGAAUACAAAGCUCCCAUCAAAGUCCAUCAAAUCUUAGCACAAUUUUCUAGGCAUGUAAUUUCUAAUUCCCUUGAAAUCAUUGAAAAUCAACAUCUUCAUCCAAAUGAUGACUUGAUAGGUGGCCAAAUUUAUUAUCUUUUGCCUAGUUUAGUACUACAACCUCCUCCAAAAUCAGCCAAAAAAAAGGUCAAGUUUGCAAAUGAUGAUCAAGUAAAUGAUGAGAAGGUCAAGUUUGCAAAUGAUCAAGUUGAAUUAUUAGAAGCUACUGAUAACCAAAAGAAAGAGGUUAUUAGGGUUAAAAUUGUCAUUUCCAAGAAAGAGUUGCAAGAAUUGUUGAGUUCUAGUGAAAGUGGAUUAAUCAAAGUUGAUGAUAUGAUCAAGAGUACUACUACUAUUGUUGAUGAAAGUACAAUUAAUGGUAAGGGAUGGAAGCCUGUUCUUGAUAUUAUACCUGAACUUGAUCACUAGCAUACUCAGCUCAGCCUUCCUAUUUUCUUUUAAUGAUGGUGAUGUUCAAGUCCGUUUGUGUGCAGUUUGACAAUUUUAUCAAAUAUCUGCAAUCUUCUAUCAGCACAUAUAUAUCUGAUAAUUCUGCCCAUCGAAGCUUGAACUCCACCAGCAUACCUUCUCCAUAGUUUUUGUUUUUUCAACUUUCCAUAGUGUUAAGUUGUAUAUAGUAGCAUACAUGCAUCAAUAACGUAAUUGCAGGGAGCAGAACAUGAUAGCGGACUUAUAAACAAAACAAUAUCUCAAGGAAAAAGAAAUUUUGUUAUUUUGACUACUUAACAUGAGUUCCUUCUUUGUUUGCUCACGAAGUUAUUAGAGCAGAUAUAUUAGGAACUACUUUUAUUAAGUAGUUAUCGGAUAAAACUAGUUUAGAAGAGUAUCAUGUCCAUGAUAACCUCGUACUUUGUUAUUACGCAUAAAUAUUAAUAUAAUAGUAUAUUUCUUCUGUUUCA